AAAUGGCUUCAUAUUUGCCCCUCGAAUGUCUUAGUAAUAUUUUUAAUUGUAUUUAUGAUAGCGAAACGCUAUAUUCUUGUCUUUUCGUGAGUAGAGGUUGGAGUAACGGUGUUGUACCAAUCCUAUGGAGAAAACCAUUCAGCAGACUUAGAUUCAGAUAUAGAUCAUUAUCAUCCAAUCCAAAAAAUGGUGGACUUAUUAUCCGAACUUAUUUAUCCUGCCUCCCAGAAUCUAAGAGAAAUCAAUUUUUUUCAGAAUCGCACCAACCUUUCUCACCUCCUUUAUUUUUUUAUCCUGCUUUCUUGAGAGAAUUGGAUUUUGAAGGCUUGUAUGAUGAAAUUUCAGAUUGGUUAAAUACCAAUUUUAAAAAUUCAAAAAAAAUUCUUGUCGAUUUGGACAAUUCUAAUGAUCAUUAUUUUACUCGAAAUGGGUUAAAUAAUUAUGAUCAAAAUAAAUUUUCUAUGAUUGAAGCGAUUAUAGAAUUAAUUUUUAAACAUUGCAAUUAUCUCGACUAUAUUUAUUUUGAUGUCAGAAGAUUACCAAUAGUUUUUACUAAUAUAUUAACAAGAUAUUGCAUGCUUCAUAAUCCUAUGAAUGAUCCAUCAUGGUUUCAACGAUUAACGACUUUGGAAUACCAUGGAGUUGGUUCAAAUUAUACUAUUCCUGACUGCGUCUCUCUGGAUUUUUUAUUCUCCUUAUCAAAGGUUUGUCAAGAUCUUACUUAUCUAAAGAUAAGGGCUUUCGCUGCUCCAACUUGUGAUUCUUUGGCUUCUUUAAUUCAAUCCCAAAAAGGUCUUCGUAAGCUAUUUUUAUGGGAGUUGAAUCUUCAUGAUAUAUCAUGUAUUAUCGAAGCUGUUAGUAGUCAAUCACAUAGUAUGAGAGAAAUUGAAAUGUUUCAAUGUUCAUUUGAACUUUGUGAUUCCUUUGAAGGAUUAGCAUGUUGUCAUAAAUUAAAUACUCUUUCGAUAAUACAAUGCGAUUAUUUAACUUCUUAUCUUUUAGAUUCAUUAGCAAAUACACACUUCCCUUAUAUUAAAAAAUUAGAAUUAAAAGAUUUUAAUUAUUCGUUAACUAAUUUAAAUCAUGAAGAUAUUCCAUCCGAACAAGUGAAGAAUAUUAUAAAAAAUUGUAGUGAUAAUCUUGAAGAACUUUAUACUAACCUUAAAUUAGAUGAUUAUUUUGGUAUUAUUGAAACAAUUUCAACAUAUUGUACACUAAUUACUAGUUUAGAACUAAAUAUGCAAAAGGCUGAACAAAUACGUGAGCUUUUACCUAUAUUAGAAUCAUGUCAAAAAUUAGAGAAGUUAAUAAUUCAACCUUAUCAACCAAUGAGAUUUCCAUAUUAUAAAGUUUCUAAUGAACAACUUCGAUGGUUCGCAACAAAAUUACCAUCAAGUGUUCGACAUCUUGAAAUAAGAUAUUGGUCUAUUUGCGCUCAAGAUUUAGAAGAUAUGCUUUCAAUAUGUGGUCGAAAUCUACAUUAUAUAGCAUGGGGGUUUACUGAUGUUAAAGUUGUAGGUGAUCAAAAAUAUUUUAGUCAUGUUAUUUCUGAAUUUUGUAAGAAGGAAUCAAGAAAGAUUAAGAGAAUAGGUUCUCCACAAUUCAGUUGUAUUAGUGAAGGUAGUCAUCAAAAUAAUGGAACUGUUUUUGUAGAAUUUUAA